AUGUCAUCUUCCUCUACUUAUACGACUCGCCACAGACUUGAGAUCAGACAUAGGUACUUUGAGAUUCUUCUUCUUGAUGCUUCUAGAGAGGCAGUAUAUUUUGAGCAACAGCCGGUUCGUGAUGAGCUUGUUCAGGCUAUCAAAGAUGUAGAGGAAGGGCUCCUUCAACUGAAACGUGCAAGGUUAUUGAGAGAGGCUGACUUUACUCUACAGGGCUCCCAACGUUCUGCUGAGGAUGUCAGGGUAGAGCCUCUUGAUCCAACAGAUUUUGAAGCUGAACCCCUGGUGGGGGAUCAAAGUUAUUCCAUUGGAUCAAAAUGUAGGUUCCGCCACACCAAUGGACGAUGGUAUAAUGGCCUCAUUGUUGGACUAGAAGAUUCUAAUUCUGCAAAAAUUUCAUUCCUCACUCCGAAAUCUGAAAACAUGCUGAUGUGCAAGUUCUUUCUGCAGCAACGAUGUCGAUUUGGCACUAACUGCCGCUUAUCACAUGGGGUUGAUGUUCCCCUAUCUUCCUUGAAGAAGUAUAUACCCACGGUAUGGGAGCAGUCGCUGGUUGGGUCCAGUAUAUGGGCAGUCUCAGACAACAAAGUCGGCCUUUGGAGGGAAGCUGAACUUGAAUCGUGGAAUGAGAAACUCAGGGUGGGGCAAGUUGUUUUCCAAGACGAUGGACGCUCCGAAAAGCUUGGGACUGAAGCAAUUUCAUUGUCUGAAUUUGCAGAAAUGAGUGACGAAGAUGAAAGUGAUACGAGCUCAGAACAAUCUGAUUCUAGUAUCUAUCAGGAAGAUGAUUCACAAGGUUUAGGAUUUCUUGAGAGCACUACCCAGCAGAGGGGCAUCCAGACUGAAACUGUCAUUUUUGCAAAGUGGGAGAAUCACACCAGGGGUGUAGCUUCCAAGAUGAUGGCUAAUAUGGGUUACCAGGAAGGUAUGGGUCUAGGUUCAUCUGGGCAGGGAAUGCUGGACCCGAUAUCCGUGAGAGUCCUUCCACCAAAGCAAUCUCUUGAUCAUGCACUCAAAUCUCGGGAAAAUGAAGAGAAUCGUGGGAAGAAACGUAGCAGGGGUGGGAAGAGAAAACGCGACAAGAAGUUUGCAGAAUUAGCUAGAGCUGCUAAAGAGGAAGAUGAAUCAAGGCCGGAUGUCUUUACUCUCAUCAAUACCCAGCUUGCAACACACAGUGAAGCUAUGAAUGGUGGGUUGGCAAAGAGGCGGGAGAAUAAAGGUGUUGGAGAAGGGAAGAAAGUGGACAGGCGGACUCUGGUUGCAUAUGAUGAUGAAAUGAAGGAGUUGAGGAUGCGAAUCGAGAAGCUAGAAGAAAUGGUGAGCCGAAACAAAAACGAAAAGGUUGUUUAUGAGGCUGCUACGAGGAAGUUGAAUGAGACUCGCAAAGCUUUGGCAGAUGCCGAGGCAGCUCAUGCAUCUGCUUCAAAUGCAGUUGUGAGCAAGGAAAAAGAGAAGAGAUGGCUUAAAUUUUGAGUGUCAAUUGAUAUCAUAUAUGAUUGUAUACUGACAAAUUAUCAAUUCAUGUGGGGUUUUUUUUUUCUGUUUGCACUUGCAGACCUUCCAUUCAGGUUGGUCUUUCAAUCUCCAUCUCCCCGUUUCAGUAGUGGCAGAAGCGAUGA